AUGGAUUUUUAUUCAAACCUUGAUUCAAGACUCUUGCAUCGGCAGACACCGACAUUGUUUGAGAUAAUCUCUGCGAAUGAGCUAGAGAGGUUACUUUCACCUUCUGUUAGAUACAUUUUAGCUCACUAUGCUAGUAGACAUCCAAGGUACCUUAUCAGAAUUCUUAAUCACUUUGAUGAUUUAAAUUUGUUUGUCCGUGCCUUCAUAGAGUACAAGUACUUAAGCAGUUGGAAUUCAACAUUCAUUGAGAAGUUCUACGGUUUGAAAAGGGUCAAUAAAAAAAGGCUAGGUGUUUCAGCGACUCCAGAUACAGAAGACGUCUCACAGAAGAUUGAAUCAUUGAAGAGGCUUUCAAAAAUUCAGCUACUUGGCUCAUUAUGUGAUGUCUUGCUAGUACCUUAUGCGAAAGAGAAGCUGGAUGUACUUUACGAGAAAUACCUUCCUCUCUUCGUAUUGCAUAGACUAAAACCGAGAGAGAGCUUUAAGGAUUUUAUCAAGUAUUCAUUUGUUAGGAUUUAUCCUAUUGCCGUUAUGCUCUUAAGAAUUGUGGACUUGGCCUUCAAGUUGUUGUUUAUCGGCGGAAAGAUGAGUUCGACCACUAUAUUGCAGUAUUUCUUCAAUAUUGAGUUCUCUCGUCUUAACCAGUACGACUACGAAUUGGAUGAGAAACGGGUUUCAAAGUUUCUUGCUGCUCCAGCAAUUCCUUCCAACAGAGUCAGGCCUGAGAGUAUGCUAGAAUCAAUUGCCAAACUAUGGACAAAAAUACUCCUGCCACUAAAGAAGACCACCCUCAUCACUUCCAACUCGGUGCUACCGAUCUCAAUCUUUUUACUCAAGUUCUUAGAAUGGUGGAACACGUCGGAGUUUUCUAAAGAUUUCGGUAAGGACUCUGAAGAGAAAAGAAUACUUCCAAAGCCUGAUAUUCUUCCAUCAGCAGUUCUUCAAAAUAAGAAAGUUGGUAGAAUACUCAAAACAAGGGAUAAUCUUUGUAGAAUAUGCCACAAGGAGAUUCAUAAUCCUGCGAUUAUAGAGACAGGCUACGUGUUUGACUACUCCUGCAUCUACAACUAUUUACGUGAAGGUGAUAAAGAAAGCGGUGGAAGGUGCCCGGUCACGGGUAAAAUACUCCUUGGUUGCAAAUAUAGUGAGUCCUUGAAUGAAUGGAAGGUUACCGGAAUUAGAAGACUCAUGAUAUAA